AUGGAUAUCUUCAGGAUGGCGAUGCAAGUGAUGUACCAGCAACCACAAAUGAUGAGUAGCGGCGUGGUGCAACAACGUAAAAUGUACGACUUGAUAACAGACCACAACCAGCCGCUAACAGGACCCCAGUACAACAACACCAACUACUCCUUGUUUGGGAUCCAGGACCAGACCCCGGAUCAUCUCCAGAACUACAACACUGUCCUCCACCCCAUCAAGUGCGAGCAACAGCCUCAGCAGCAGCAGCAGCAACAGCAGCAACAGCAGCCGCCCCAACAGCAGCAGCAGAACUGGGCACCAAGGAUGUCGACCCAGGCCCCACAGAUGCCCCAGAUGCCGGCUGUGCAGCAGGUUCCCCAACAGUCCCAACCUGACCAGGUCUCAAACGGAGGAGACUCUAACCGUCACACUCCCUCCACAUCCUCUUCUCCUAAGGAGACUGAUCUGACCAGUAUUUGGAGCACUGAUCCCAGUGGGGUCAAUGUGUCGCUUAGCAACGUCGUCAACGUGUCACUUAGCAACGCGCUUAGCGAGAAACUCAACAUCAAGAACGACAACAUGACCCCCGGACCCAACCCUCCUUCCACCGGGAUCAACAACAUGGCCAGUCUCAACACUCUGGCCAAUAUGAACCGGCUCCAGGCUUCCCUAAUGUCCAUGAAACCGAACAUGAUGUCAAACAUGAUGCUUGGACAGAUGCCAGCCCUGGACCCCAAGCUAAGCAUGCUUCUAGAACAUGCUCCUAGAUGGAUGGCUAACAACUCUCUUAACGGACUCAUGCAGCCCUCCCAGUUCAUUCAGCCCAAUCACAUGGGUAUUCCCGGGCUUAUUGACACCGGUGAUAGGAACCAGUACAACCACAUCGACGACAAGCAAGAUGCAGUGGUGACGUGGUGCGGAGAGUUACCUCCCAGAAGGUACAAGACACCCACCUACAGCUGCAAAGUCUUCCUAGGGGGUGUACCUUGGGACAUCACUGAAGUGGGUCUGAUUGCCUGCUUUGAGAAGUUCGGUAGUCUGAAGAUUGAGUGGCCAGGAAAGGAUGACCGUCACAACAGACACCCGCCAAAAGGUUACGUUUACCUGAUUUUCGAUUGUGAGCGGUCAGUCAAGAAUCUACUGAUGGAGUGCACCCAGGAGUAUAGCGGUGGUUUUAUUGAUUACUACUUCAAAGUCUCCAGCAAACGAAUGAGGAGCAAAGAGGUACAAGUUAUCCCGUGGGUCUUGUCAGACAGCAACUCAGUAGUGGGCACCUCUCAACAGCUGGAUAUGUGCAAAACAGUGUUCGUUGGAGCGCUUCACGGUAUGCUGAACGCUGACGGUCUGGCCUACACCAUGAACGAGCUGUUCGGGAAUGUCGUGUACGCAGGGAUUGAUACCGACAAGUACAAAUACCCUAUCGGGUCUGGACGUGUCACUUUCAGCUCCCAUGACAGCUACUUUAGAGCCAUUCAAGUGAACUUUGUGGAGAUUAAGACGCCCAAAUUCACCAAGAAGGUUCAAAUAGAGCCAUACCUGGAAGAUAGCAUCUGUAACACGUGCAACAGGAACCCUGGGCCACUCUUCUGUCGCAGCGUCUGCUGCUUCAAGUACUUCUGCCAGCAGUGCUGGGCUUGGCAUCACUCCCUCGACCACCUCCGAUCCCACAAACCUCUUACCCGGAACAGCAAGACUGGCCAAACUCGCAUCCUGUAAAUCGUGACUGACAAUGCCUCGCGCCGUUUGUGUGCACGUGCAGUAAUCACCAUGUGCUGGUAACAGGUAUGUAUGCCGGUGUUUCCAUGCACAGGUGAUGUGCACGUGUGCUUUGUGCAGUUAAUGCACAUGAAACGUGCGCACGUUUGAAUAAUGUGGGUUUGUCAUCAUGCUCGCUUGGUGUUCUGCUGCGCGCAGACUUGCCUGGAACUGUACUAUUAGGUUAUUUUAACUUGACUAACUUAGUGGAAGAAGAAGUAUAAAGCUUACCUAAUCGCGUGGGGCGCUGUGUCACUCAAUCAAUCGUCUAAUAUUGUCAUGGUAACAAUUAUUUUUGCUAUGACAACGUUGCGCGACAAUUCGUAUGACCGUGCCUCGCGCUGACAUAAUCUAAAGAUCCUCGGAACGUCCAAUUUUUAAAACAUCUCCUAUGGUGCUAAUGUUCUAUUCUGUAGAGUUAUUUGCUCCCCCAACAGCUUCUCAUUGAUUACAGUUUUCAUUUUUGUAUAUGUUGAAAAUUUUAAUGAAAUCAGGUCUACAUGCCUGUUUUUAUAUUUUAAAAGGUUAACAGAAAUUUUAAAUCCUUUGGAAAGUAAAAUACUUUUUCAUUUAUUGAAGCAAAGUUUUAGCUGUAAUAAAAUUGCAUUUUUCUAUAUAUAGCCUUAUUAUUUUAAUGCUUGGUUGUCAUGAUUGGUUACUAUCAACCUAGUGACUUCACGUGGGAUACAUGGCAACCUGGCAUGAAGUGGGAUUUUGUGUGUUUUCACAAACGUUAGCGAAGGAGUAAAUCCUCCUGUGUUUUUAAACUGUUUGUCUGAUUUAUCUUGGCACCAAAACAAUGAUAUGUUAUAUAUUACCAGCGGUUACCAUGGUGACGCGCGUCGCGCAGUGUGCAUGAUUGUCAUUACCAUGGUGCCGCUCUGGUUACCGGUACUUUGGUCGUUUUUAUAAUGAAAUAUUCUAGCACGUGUUCGGUUUUUAAAAGGAUAUAAUCUAUUAUACAACAGUCUUAUUGUUAUUUUAAUAUUAUUUUGGUUUGUUGGUUAUUUGUCCAUGUUGUACUCGGGCACUGUUAAUCGAGAGUAUAUAGUUUUUUAAUCAAAUCCGGAGCAUCUUGUUAAUAAUAUUGAUAUAAUAAUAAACUUGGCCUCUCUCUCUCUCUCUCUUACUUUGAGUGUUAUAGGAUUGAUCUCGAAUAAAUAACCGCACUCAAGGUUUUUAUUAACCUAAUGAUUUCAGAAGUUUAUAAAGCUCAGUAUUUUUAACCUCUCUUUUAAAUGUACCCCGAACCACGUAAUAAGCAUGAUAUAAACGCUUUAUGAUGAACAUAUUUUUAAUUUUGGCUAUAUAUUAAAUGUAAUAUUAAUUUUUGGAAUAUUUUUAAAGAGUCUACUUUGGGAGAGAAUAUGAAGAUGAAGCGAGUUUAGCUGAUCGUGGCUAUAACAAUAUGAAUAAGGUUACAUGUAAAGAUACCAGUUACCUAAGGUUUGGAGUCUUGUUGCUUUGAUCCAGAGUAGCCUAAUCACACUGUACCGUUAAAAACCGCUAUGAGCGGUAUCGACUAUAAUGUUUAGCUCUGUGUAUAGAGUGUAUGUGUGCAGUGUUACCAUGGUUAUGAUGGAUAAAAGUACCUGACGAGACAAAUUAAUUACCCUUCUUACUACAAGCGGUUAAACAUCUAUUUGCUAUAUAUUAUUAAGUGUGUUUUAAUGAUUUUCUUUUUAAAGAAUGUUUUUAAAUAAUAUUUUACAGGCUUUGAGUUAACAGCUAACCGCUUACCUAGGUAACCGCUAACCUAGAACGCUUUAACUGUUUCCUGCCUGUUACGGUAAUGCCAUAUUUAACAUUUUUUUGGGUUUUAGAAGUUAUAUGCAGGGCAUCCACCACGUGUACCUGUUCAAAGUUAGUUAUGAUACAUUUUCUUUUAAGUUUGCCACGUGCACCUAUGUGCACCCCAGGCCCCGAUGGCCCUCUCCGAUUGAUAAUGAUGUUCUGAACGGCUGGUUUUGUUCCCAAGGAACCGUGAUUCCUGCAAUAGGAUGCCGAUGAUAUAUGAGCUACUGCGUUUUGUGUGUCUAGUGAUAUUUAAUUAAUAUAUAAAGUGCGUCCCGGUGAAUAUUUAUUUGUGUAGUUAUGGUGUAACGAACGAUAUCAAGCUCUUCAGUUGUCCGGACUACUUUCUCAAGAAGCUAGUUCCGGCAACUACGCCUGAUUACCCACGUUUUAAGCCUUUAUUUGUUUUUUAAUCUUUUGGAGUUUUGAGAAAAACGUAUAUUGUAUUUGUGACUGUGUUUGAGUGUGCGCGGUGUUGAAAACAACACGAGCCUGCAGUUUUACAAGCUUUUCCGCGUUGUAAAAUAGUGAAAUUAACUACUUUCAUAAUGUACGAUCCUGGUGGUUACACGGUAACUUCUCCGUGAUUGUUUGACUUAGAAGAAUACGUGUUUUCGAGUAUUACCCUUAUAUUACCUGAUAAUAAUAAUAAUAUGAGCCAUAAUCUCAUGAUUCUUUCGUAAGAACCCAACAUGUUGGUAUUAAAUUUUUUCCAAUCUAAAAACCUCGUAAUGACAAAUUGUUCCUAUCUGAAAGCCUUUUACUGGCUCUGUCCCUGCCUACUAUACCUGACUAUGGCUCUAUUGUCUUGGUUCUAGCGUUUGUCCCUGCCUACUAUACCUGACUCUAAUGUCUUGGUUCUGGCGUUUGUCCCUGCCUACUAUACCUGACUCUAUUGUCUUGGUUCUAGCGUUUGUCCCUGCCUACUAUACCUGACUCUAAUGUCUUGGUUCUGGCGUUUGUCCCUGCCUACUAUACCUGACUCUAUUGUCUUGGUACCCUAUUUUAUUUUAUUAUACAGUGUGUACAUACUAUGCAGGAUGGCGUACGUUAGUUUUAAUUUUGUAUCUAUGUAAUAAUAUUUGUAUGUAGGUAAGAUGGAUUAGUUAUGAUUUAUUCCAAAA